AUGUUGUCCUACUUACAACCUCAACUAGCAUCUGAAUCUAUGCUUGCCAUCUGUUCGACAUCAUCGGAUGAAAGCAAUAAAUUAACAUAUCCUAAUGAAGAAGAUACGAAUGUACAUUUCAAUCCAGUAUCUACUGGAAUCAUUACAACUUCUUCAUCUGCACGUAUCCCAUACUCCCAUCCACAUCAUCACCACCACCAUCAUCAUCAUCGAUCACCUGUUUCAUUUGUAUAUGGACAUGCACCAACACCUACGUAUGGAUUUGGUUUUGGUUUUUAUGAAGAUAUGUCUCCAUUUGUUGAUACGACUAGAUCACCAUAUUCAUUUAUUCAUACAACAAAACGUUCUGAUCCAAAUAUAGACGUUAAACUUGAAAAUAUGGAUUUAUGGAAACGCUUUGCAGCUCUCAAUUUAGAAAUGAUUAUAACAAAAAAUGGACGGCGUAUGUUUCCAACUUUUAAAGUAUCAAUUACUGGACUAGAUCCGACAAGUAAAUAUAUUGUAUAUAUGGAUGUUGUACCUGUUGAUAAUCACCGAUACAAACAUCAUAAUUCUCAAUGGAUGAUUACUGGUGCAGCUGAACCACAUAUGCCAGGUCGUUUUUAUCCUCAUCCGGAUAGUAAUUCAACUGGAGCACAAUUGAUGAAACAACCAUUGUCAUUUAGUAAACUUAAAUUAACGAAUAAUACAACGGAUCAGAAUGGACAUAUUGUAUUGAAUUCAAUGCAUAAAUAUAUUCCGCGUCUGCAUAUAAUUCAAGCUGUUAGUUCAUCAAAUAAUGAUACAAAACUCUCUAUGGGACCAUUGGAUAAUGUGAAUAUAUUCAUAUUUCCUGAAACCCAAUUCAUUGCCGUAACUGCUUAUCAAAACGAAGAUGUCACUCGAUUAAAAAUCGAUAAUAAUCCCUUUGCUAAAGGUUUUCGUGAGAAUAAUGGGCACGCUAAUAGAAAAGAUGUCAAAUCAGUUAAACGACAUAUUGAUGAUGAGUAUGAUCGUAGACUUAAAUGUAACGAUAUAUAUGGAACACCGGAAUCAUCAAAACGAUGUAAGUCUAGUUCUGGUGAAGAAGAUCAAACGCCGCCUUCACGUGUCGUACCUACAAGUAGUACGAUUGAUGUUCCUGAUUCAACAACUCCAUUUACAGAUGGCUAUGAAAAUCAAUUUCAUUUACAUCAAAAUCAAUUAUACGAUCCAAAUUUAUAUGCAUCACCUUAUUCACGAUUUGCUCCAACUUAUCCAUUUACUUAUUCAACAAUGGCAUCAAUGGGACCUACGUCUUCAACUAAUCCAUUCACAUUGGCAGCAGCUGCUGCAAGUCGGUAUUCAUCACCAUAUACAUUUUCUGCACCAUAUUAUCAACAUUCGAAUUGA